GUCCAUCUUGGGGAGAGGGGAGCCCAGAGCCAGGGCUCUGCCUCCCGCUGCACCCCAAGCCAGCCGAGACCAACUCACUUCCGGCUUGACAAAGCCCUGGCUGGGAUGAUUUAGUUGGGAAUUGGUCCUGCUUUGAGCAGGGGGUUGGACUAGAUACCUCCUGAGGUCCCUUCCAACCCUGAUAGUCUAUGAUUCUAUGUACCUGGAGGGACAGACGGACAGGCAGGUGGGCACUGCACCUCUGUCAUGGUGACCUGGGCCCAUGACCUGCAGGAGCUGCGGCGAAGCGCCUCGCUGGCCACCAAGGUCUUUGUGCAGCGGGACUACAGCGACGGGACCCUCUGCCAGUUCCAGAACAAGUUCCCCCUGGAGCUGGACAGCCGGCUCGAGCGGCAGCUCUUUGAGGAGACAGUGAAGACCCUCAAUGGCUUCUACGCCGAGGCCGAGAAGAUCGGGGGCAGCUCCUACCUGGAGGGGUGCCUGGCGUGUGCCACAGCCUACUUCAUCUUCCUCUGCAUGGAGACCCACUACGAGAAGGUGCUGAAGAAGAUCUCCAAGUACAUCCAGGAGCAGAACGAGCAGGUGUAUGCGCCACGGGGCCUGCUGCUCACCGACCCCGUGGAGCGGGGCAUGCGGGUCAUCGAGAUCUCCAUCUAUGAGGACAGAUGCAGCAGCGGCAGCACCAGCAGCGGCAGCACCAGCAGCGGGGGCGGGGGGGGCCGGUGACUGGCAGGGAGUCCCUGCAGGGACGAAGGCCUCGCCGAGCUCCGCCGGCUGCGG